UAUUUCUUGGAAGAAUAGCAACGCAUUAUUCUCUAAUGGGAUUUACUGUGUGUUGUGCAGAGUUAUACUUUCCCACACCCUUCAUUUCCCUGUCGGAAAUUCUAGGCCUCCUCCGAAACCUUGUAUUCUUCUACUUCUUCAAUAUCUUCGGCUUCUCCCACUUUCUCCGAAUCCAGCACUCGGCAGUUACGUCCGUAACCACUUCCACAGUCACCUCCGCCACCACCUCUGACGCUGCACUCGCCAGAACUCAUGAAGUAUCGCCGCCAAUCAUCAGGGAGCUCCUUCCGGUGGUCCUGUUUGGAGAGACAGGAGAAAACGCGUGCAUGUGCGUGUUCUGUCUGUCUGAGUUCUCCAAGGAGGAGGAGAUCCGGUGCAUGCAGAACUGUAAGCACAUUUUUCAUCGCACCUGUGUGGACCGUUGGAUCAAUAGCAGUCACAAAACGUGUCCUCUUUGUAGGGUUCCCUUUGUACUCAAUCCUGUUAGUGAAAGCCUGAGUUUCUAAUUAUCUUUUAUUCAUUUUAUUUAUUAAGGUUUAAUAUGAUUUUGUUUCACAAAAAUUUU